UGUAACGGAACCAGACCAAUAAUCAUGUUGUUUGCUGAUACCCUGACGUCUACUGUGCAAAGAUAUGGCACUUUUUAAAGGACCUACCUAAUGUAAAUGGCUUUAUUACGUGUACUUGUAUUUCGAACUCAAGAAAGUCGAGUUCAUACGUCCGGUCCACCACCGCAGUGACACUGUGAAAUUCCAAUUUCGUUUGAGGAAGUAAGGAGCAGUGCUUGAGUCACAGCAUGGCGGUGAGUAUGGAUGAGGCCACUGGUGAGGCACUCCAAGGCUUGCUGAGCUGGGCAGAGGAGCUGCUGAGUCGAGCCCAGGCGCUUCAGGCCAAAAAGGCGGGGAUCGCGGGGAUCGGGAAGCUCAUCAAAAAAAUCCACUCGGAGCGCACCUUUGUGAAAUCGCUGCAGAACGACAGCGUGGCUCUCAAGGGGAACCAGCUGAAGAGCACCAACCUAAGCCACCUAGAGGGCGUCCUGCACAGCGCCGAGUCCUUCGGCCGGGUCCUGGGCGUGCUCCUCCCCUUCCAUUACGAGGCCGACGAGGGCCAGGAGGGCACCGUGGUGGUGGACUCGGUGGCACGGGGUGGGGCAGCCUGGGUGAAAGUGACGGCCCGUAAGGCCAGGGCGCUGCACCGGAAAUGGGAAGAGGAGGGGGAAUACGGAGAACAUGACAUUGUGGAACAGGCCAAGCAGUAUCUCCGAGCCAGCCAGCAACACCCGAUCAACUACCAGCCACCUGCUGUUCACGUGGUCUUCUACAGCGGCGUCACCCAAGCCAUAGUCGAUGACCUGGCCGAGCUUGGCAUCAAGGCACACGGUCAGGUCUUCUCGACGGUCGCAGAGAGCCAAAAGGCAACAUUACAGAUGCCAAUGAUAACAGAGUCUCAGAUGGAUAUGCUGGCCAGCCAAUCAAGCGAGGAGGACAACCGUAAGGUGAAUCUGGACGUGACCACCCUGGUAGCGCUGGUCUCGGACCUGACGCACGGCGGCUGCUGGCAUUCCUUCGCCGAGCCUCUCAUCCAGGAGUUGGCCCAGCAGGAAAGAGAGCAGCCCGUGGUGGGAGAGAUGGAGCAGUUCUUGCAAGACAAAGAACUCUACGCGUGCCAGACAGCAAUCAACGACUUCCAAAAAAUCCUCGCCACCAUUGCCGGGCCGCAGGAACGGGAGCGUGCCCAGCAAUUACUUGCACGAAUCACCCUGGUAGAGGACAACCCAUCAGAUCGGGCUAGCCAGCUGGAAGAGAGCCACCGGAUCAAGCACAGGGCCAAGGUGAUCUUUGGUACCGGCGACAAAAUGAAGGCCAUCACCACCACGGCAAACGUCGGCUUUGUGCGAGCAACAGGAAAUAAGGGCGUCAGUUUUGCAGUUCACAUACACCAGUCGCGAGCCCUGACCGAGAAGAAGAGGAGCUCCGACACACACGCUCAGCAAGGCGCCACCUGCAGACCAUCCAGUGAAGCAACGUUAGGCGGGAGUAUACGCUCGGGUCGAGACAGCUCGGCAAACAACUGCCCAGCCUUCGGCACAGCCGUUGGGCCCACAUUACAAAAGUGUCCCUGAGAGUAUAUUAACCUGAAUAUAUUCGUCACAACGUUCGCCCUGCAGUAACCAGGCGUUAACGUUCCACCAUUCGAUGGUUCUCAAACAGAUGGGAGUAAACGUAUUGAAUAAAGAAAACGCUGUGUUCAGUUGCCUGUACGUAAAUAUAAAUUGAAAUCUACUUGAAUCAUCUGUUCUUCCACUUUUUCCUGACGUUACAUGUUCUGAGUGACAGUUUAGUGAAUUCUUUGCACAAGAAACAAACACACACACGCUAGAUUUUCUAGAAAAGAAGUGGCAAGAUGUGUGGAGUUCAGUUGCAGAAAGUGCCACCUCCUUGUUUUGCAGGCUAGUUCUUUUCGUACUUGGGUUUUGUGUGGCAUUUUUGUAUUCGUUUGUUUGUUUGUUUUGGAAUUGAAUUGAAUUGAAUUGUCGAGUAUUUGGAGUCCAGUUUGGAAAUGAAUUUUUUUUUUACUCGAUGAUGCAUUUGCGGCAUAAAGCUUCUCUUGAACUGAUUGUUGAAAAAAAAAUUCGAAAAAGAAGGCGAAGAGGGCCAAACUUUCUUUCUUUCACUUGCCUUUUCUUACAAGGGUUUUGAACACAAUGUAAAGUGAAAUUCAAAAUCUAAAAAUGCGUCCGGUGUCUAGUAGUGUAGUCGUUCCCCUAAAUUGCUUGUUUUUUCAAGGCCUGCAAAAGCAAAAUGAUUGUGUGUGAUUUCAAAUGUAACAAUUCUAUUUGACAGACACAAUAUUUUGGGCAGAAUUAUGACGUAUGAUUUCUCAUGAAUCCAGCUCAUUUGAUUUGUAUUUCAAAAGUCACAAGAUGUGAAGUGAAUUUCAGUUUAUUUAGUUUUGCCAAAUUGUAUGUCUUUGUUUUAGUUGAGGCAUCAAAUAUUUCUUUUGUUGAAGAGUUUUAUGCAUUCAUCAAGAUCUCAAGUGAGGAGUAGCUUAUUGUAACAAAUUUAGAACUUGGUUCAGUUAUUUUACUGAUGCAUUCUAAAGGGACUGACUGGAAGUUGCUUCAGAAUAAAACUCACCAAAAAUGGAAACGGCAAAAA